AACAAGUGUGUUUUUUUUUUUAGUUUAAACCGAUUGUAAGACUUGAAGAAAACACAAAUAUGAAACUAGUAUUAUGUUUGAUUAUUAUUUUCAUGAUGAAAAUCUGCAAGUCCAUCAUAUUUGUUCCGUGUCAUUUUGAUAGCAGGUGUGUCUGUCUUAAUCAUACCACCAGAUCGUUCAUAAAUGUAAGCUGUAUUGGAAAAAAUAUAACCAAGAUACCGAAAUUUCCUUCAACUGUUUACUCUAUUGAUCUCUCAAAUAAUAAAAUAGGAAGCAUACCAAAUGGAACAUUUGAGAAUCAAAUAAAUUUGAGGAAAUUGGACCUUACUUCAAAUUGUUUAAAGAAAUUAGAAAUUGGUUCAUUCAGAGGUCUUGACAAUUUGCAUGAACUGGUUUUAGAAAAAAGCUGUAUCAACUUUCAAAAAGUUCCAGAUGGCGUGUUUACACCUUUAGCAUCGUUACAACAUCUGAACUGUAAACAUACACAUUUUGGCUAUAAGAAGAAUUUACCAGGCAGGCUUGUUUCAAACUUAAUAGAUUUAGAAUAUUUAGAAGUUGAUGUUCUUGAAAAUACCACUACACUAUUUGGAAUUUUAUUUGAUAAACAUUUUGUCGAACUUCGCAAUUUAACAAAACUAAGGACGGGAUAAUGUUCAUCUUUCAAUUUUGAGGAGAGCACAUUCAACAACAUGAAAUAUCUAACAAAAAUAGAUAUAUCUUCUUGUUACGGUUCAAUGUAUAAAGGAGCUCUGCAUGGGAGAAGCAAAUUAACGAGUUUGGCAUUUGAAAAAAAUAUACCGCCCAGGACACGCAGCUGGCUAAAUUUGAUAAUUGAUAUCAAAACGUUCUCUUCUUUAGAAAAACUUCUACUUACAGGCUCAUUUGAAUGCGAUGAUGAAUAUUAUAAGUUGAACAUAAGACUUUUCCAAAACUUAUUUUCGACACAAAUCCGAGAACUUCGCGUGAAUCACAACUGUUUCAGAGAAAUAUUACCACCUGAAGAUAUUCUCAAUGUACCACAUACUCUUCAAAUCCUGGACCUUUCCUACAAUAACCUGACAUGUUUGUGUAUCGAAAUGCAUAAUAUUUUGUUUUUGAAUUUACAACACAACGUCCUUGGUAAUUGUUUACGGAAGCAUUAUUGUCCACGAACAAAAAAUCUUCGAAUAGAAAAACUCGAUUUGUCAUUUAAUGUUAUAUAUCAAUUAUCAGACAUGAUGUUUGCUGGGCACAAAAAUUUAGAAAUUCUAAAUCUCAGUAAUAAUCUUCUAUCAGACAUUAACUUCAAUCUUUCUAAUACACCAAAAUUGCAAAUACUAGAUCUUUCAAACAAUAAUAUUACAAUCAUAUCAAAUCAGCAAGCAUUGAUGACACUGACAAAAAUGAUGGGACAAUCAACAUUCGUCAUUGACCUAUCAAAUAAUGCAUUACGUUGCAACUGUUAUACAGUAGGAUUUUUAGAAUGGAUCGUGAAUAAUUUAGAACAUUUCCGUAACAAUGAUAUUUAUAAAUGCAAUUUGGAAAACAAAACUAUCAUUACUAUGCGUAAUUUUAGGAAAAUAGUUGGACAACUAGCUAAAGAUUGUAAUUCAUAUAGUACAAUUGUAAUAAGUGUUACAUUAGGAAUUGUUGUGUUUCUAAUUACUCUUUGUGUGGGACUAAUGUAUCGCUAUAGAUGGAAGCUUCGCUAUAUGUAUUAUAUGACCAAAAGUAGGUAUUAUAGAUAUAAACCUGAUGAUGAUAACGAAUCUUAUACGUAUAAUGCAUUCAUUUCAUAUUCUGAUGUGGAGAAAAAUUUUGUGAUCAAAGAAUGUAUUCCAAUUCUUGAACAAGAUGAUAAAAUGAAAUUAUGCAUACAUCAUCGAGAUUUUCUUCCUGGUGAGGAAAUAUCAGUUAAUAUAACAAACGCUAUCCAUGAGAGUAAAAAGACGAUAUGCAUUAUAACCAGAUCAUUUCUGGACUCUUAUUACUGCAUGUUUGAAUUUAACAUGGCCAGAAUGGAGAGUAUUUAUUCAAGAAACGAACAAAAUAUUCUGUUUUUAGUGUUUUAUGAACAAAUUCAACCUCGAAAUCUUCCGUUGGUUAUGUUAGAACUGGUUCAAAACCAGUCGUAUUUAGAGUACCCACAUGACGAACAUGGAAAUGUUGUAUUCUGGGAAAAAGUCAGGGAGGCUAUUGCGUGAACAUGUGCUUAUUUGUUUGAAUUUUGUUAAUGCCUUUUACAUUGACAUACAUAACUUUAAAAAAUUGUACAAAACAAAACAAACAAAGCACAAAAAAGAAUAUUUCAAUAUAUUCAAAAAUAUGUUUUUCAUUAUAUAUUACCAUUGUGCAUUGUAUACUUUCAUGUUUGAUAAAUAUGUAUUA